AUGUGGGCUACUGUACAGAGAAUCGGUGGUAGUAUGGAAGAGGAGCUGUGCUUCUGAUGCUGUCUGAAAGAGUCUGAAGAGGAAGCCGUCAUGUCUGAGAAGAAACCACGAGGUUCUGACACGCGCCCAAAGUCUGGCCUCCGCAGCUGGAGUGCUGACAGUUAUGUCUGGCGAGGAAAGAAACGCUCCCGGAGUUCUCGUAACGGGUCAAGUCCUGAAGGGAUGGGGGCAGAGGGAUCAGAGGAUCUGGGCGUGCGGUCAGGAUCGUGUCCGAGGCGGCGGAGAGAGAGGAAGUGCAGCUGCAGCGCUCUUGGGGAUUCUUUUGGGUCUGCAGAUAUUGACGUCGUUUGUCGGAAGGCCUUGUCUCGCCGCUCUCUUCGGCAGAAGUUUCAGGAUGCCGUGGGUCAGUGUUUGCCUCUGCGCUCUCAUCAUCACCAUCAUCAUCAUCAUCAUCACCAUCAGUCAGGAUCAUCGAGACCCUUCUCUGUGCUCUUCUGGUCCAAACGCAAGAUCCACGUCUCAGAGCUCAUGCAGGAUAAGUGUCCCUUUUCUCCGAAAUCAGAACUGGCUCGAUGUUGGCACCUUAUAAAAAAUAACGCCACUCAUUCAAACGCCCUCAAAGACAUGGAGACCCCACUCAGACCCAACAUCUCUACCUCCUCCUCUUCCCCACCACAGACGCCACUAUCCUGGGAGGACAUCUGCUGUUCUCCAGAGCCUGGAAGCAUCAGCCUGGAGGACUGGAACCCCUCUUGUCCACAUGGUGAAGCAGAGGGCAGCUGCAGCCACACGGACUACAUCCUGGUCCCUGAUCUGCUGCAGAUCAACAACAGCUCAUGUUACUGGGGUGUGCUGAACCGCUUUGAGGCUGAGGAGCUCCUGGAGGGUAAACCAGAAGGGACAUUUCUGCUCAGAGACUCUGCCCAGGAUGAGUUCCUCUUCUCUGUUAGCUUUCGGCGCUACAGUCGCUCUCUGCACGCACGCAUAGAGCAGAACGACAAGCGUUUCAGCUUUGACGUGCGUGACCCGUGCAUGUACAGGGAUUCCAGUGUUACAGGACUUCUUAGACACUACAGCGACCCGGCUACAUGCCUCUUCUUUGAACCCCUCCUUUCCAGACCACUACCAAGAACCUUCCCUUUCACUCUGCAGCACCUAUCCAGGGCUGUGAUCUGCAGCUGCACCACCUACCAGGGUAUAGACUGCCUGCCACUGCCCCCUCAGCUCAGGGACUACCUCCGACAGUAUCACAUCAAGUGUGAUGGCGCCUGUGCUGUGUGA